AGAGGGGCGGUGGGGACAGCAGCCAAUGGGCGGCGGUAUGAGUGCGGCGGCUCGCUUUUUGAAUUGGCGGCGGCCGCUGAUGGCGGAUGGCGGCGGGCGGCACCGGCGCUGUUGAAGAAAGAAACAAAGCAUAAUCAUGGCUGACAGCAGUACUCUGGUGUCUGAAACUGGGAGGAGCCUCUUGGCUGAUUCUUCUGCUCUUGAUUCAAAAAUUAUAGAAACCUCCAAAGAGAAUGUAUUCCGUGCAGCUGUUCUGGAUGCUGAAGAAGAAAUGCCUCAAAUAGAAACAAGAGUGGUUUUGGUUCAGGAAGCAGGGAAACGUGAGGAGCUUCUGAAAGCCUUGGAGACCAUUAAGAUAAUGGAAGUACCUGUUAUAAAGAUAAAGGAAAGUAGCCCUGAUAAAUCAGAAGAAAAACUAAUAAAAAGUAUUAUUCAUAUGGAAAUUAAAAUGCCCUACAUAAAGACAGACACAAUAGAAGAGCUUGGAGAUUCUGAUUGCCCAGAAUUUGAGACAAUCUUUGUUGUGUCAGACUUCCAAGCUCCCAUCUUUAGCAACCUCUGCAAGGCAGAUUGCCGAGUCAUCGGGCCGCCGGUCGUGCUGCACUGUGCACAGAAAGGAGAGCCUUUACCUUUCUCCUGCCGUCCACUGUACUGUGCAAGUAUGUUGAACUUGGUACUGUGCUUUACAGGAUUCAGAAAGAAAGAUGAAUUAGUUAAGCUUGUGACCUUGGUUCAUCACAUGGGUGGAAUUAUUAGAAGGGACUUUAGCUCAAAAGUUACUCAUCUGGUGGCAAACUCAACACAUGGAGACAAAUUCAGAAUUGCUGUAAGUCUUGGUAUUCCUAUUGUGAAAGCUGAGUGGAUUUAUAAGGCAUGGGAGAAAAGGAAUGAAAUUGAUUUCUCUGCAGCUGAUGAUGACUUUAGAAACCAGUUCAAGGUUCCUCCCUUUCAGGAUUGCAUGUUAAGUUUCUUGGGAUUCUCUGAUGAUGAGAAAGCUAACAUGGAAGAAAUGACAGAAAUGCAAGGAGGACAUUAUUUACCAGUUGGUGAUGAAAGGUGUACGCACUUGGUGGUUGAAGAAAGUACAGUAAAAGAUCUUCCAUUUGAACCUUUAAAAAAACUGUAUGUUGUAAAGCAAGAGUGGUUUUGGGGAAGCAUUCAAAUGGAUGCCAGAGCUGGAGAGUCCAUGUAUUUAUUUGAGAAGUCAGAGAGUCCUGACUUCAAGAAGUCGGUGUCGCUGCUUUCCCUGAGCACACCCAACAGCAACCGCAAACGGCGCCGCUUGAAAGAGACUCUGGCCCAGCUGACCAGGGAAACAGACAUGUCCCCCUUCCCUCCUCGGAAACGCCCCUCAGCUGAACAUUCCCUCUCUAUUGGCUCCUUGCUGGAUAUUUCCAACACUCCAGAGUCAAGCACUGCCAAUGGAGAAACACCAAAAUCCUGUGCAAGACCUUCCAAAAACUCAACUCCCCUUCCUCUCAAGCAGUCUGCAAGAUGGCAGGUUGCAAAGGAAUUGUAUCAGACAGAAAGUAACUAUGUUGAUAUUCUGACAACAAUUAUUCAGUUGUUUCAAGUUCCAUUGGAGAAGGAAGGACAACUUGGGGGACCAAUCCUUGCACAGGAAGAGAUCAAGACCAUAUUCGGCAGCAUUCCAGAUAUUCUUGAUGUGCACACUAAAAUCAAGGAAGACCUGGAAGAUCUUAUGAUAAACUGGACUGAAAGCAAAAGUAUUGGUGAUAUCAUUCUCAAAUAUUCAAAAGACUUGUUGAAAACAUACCCUCCGUUUGUGAAUUUCUUUGAAAUGAGCAAGGAGACGAUUACAAGAUGUGAAAAGCAGAAACCAAGGUUUCAUGCCUUCCUAAAGAUAAAUCAAGCUAAACCAGAAUGUGGCCGCCAAAGCCUCGCUGAGCUCCUUAUCCGUCCUGUUCAAAGGCUGCCCAGUGUUGCCCUACUACUAAAUGAUAUUAAGAAACAUACAGCAGAAGAGAACCCAGAUAAAAUAACUCUAGAGAGAGCUAUUGAAUCAUUAAAGGAGGUGAUGACACACAUUAAUGAAGACAAAAGAAAAACAGAGGCACAAAGGCAGUUCUUUGACGUCGUCUACGAAGUGGAUGGGUGUCCAGCCAAUCUCUUGUCCUCCCACCGCAGCUUGGUGCAGCGUCUGGAAACUGUAGCACUUGGGGAUGACCUCUGUGACAGGGGAGAGCAGGUCACGCUCUUUCUGUUCAAUGAUUGCCUAGAGAUUGCGAGGAAACGGCAUAAAGUUAUUGGAGCUUUCAAGAGUCCCCAUGGCCACACAAGGCCUCCUGCAUCGCUCAAGCAUGUUGUUCUCAUGCCUCUCUCCCAGAUCAAGAAAGUCUUGGACAUCAGGGAGACAGAAGAUUGCCAAAAAGCUUUUGCCUUAGUUGUGAGGCCACCUACAGAACUCAACAACAAGCUGCUCAGUUUCCAGAUGACAACUGAAGACCCUUGCAAGGAGGACUGGCUGAAGAUGCUGUGUCGGCAGGUGGCCAACACUAUUUGUAAAGCAGAUGCAGAAAAUCUCAUUUAUGUUGCUGAUCCUGAUUCAGUUGAAGUAAAUACUAAAGAUAUGGACAGUACUUUAAGCAGAGCAUCCAGAGCAAUAAAGAAAACAUCAAAAAAGGUCACAAGAGCCUUUUCUUUCUCCAAAACACCCAAGCGAGCCCUGCGCCGGGCUCUGAUGUCUCACAGCGCCACGGAAGGGCGGAGCCCCAGCUCUACCGAGAGUUACAUCGGCAGCCGCCUGACCAGCACCUCCUCCCUCGCGAUUGCUCGUUCCUCUUCCACGUGCAGCCUAAGUGGAUCUGCCAAAUGUGCUAAUGUCCAUCGCUCCAGUUCUGUUGAUUGGAGCUCUAAAAGCUCCAAGCCUCGACCUGUGCUGUGUCCUGGCUCUCCAAAUACUCAUCUUGCAAAAGCCUCUUCCAGCUUGGAAAGCUUAAAUGGUCAUGCCUUGGACAGACCAUAUGCUUUCCCUGUUGUUACUGCCACUUGUGCUGAUGCUGGAGAUGAUAACCAGCAUGGUGCUGGGAAAUUCUGUGCAUCAGAUCCUGAGUGAAGUGAGCAAGAAAUCCUGAGUGCUGUAAGCUAAGGAGCAUGGUACAGCUCUACUGCACAAAGGGCUUCGAGUGGUGUUGGGUUCUUCUUUAAUGUCCUCUAAUGCACAGGGUUGGAGUCAGCAAUCACAUGUGGUUCUGGGUGCAAACUUAUUUUAUCACAAACUUUUAAAUGUAAUUUUUUGGAGUUUUUUUUUAAGUUGAUUUACAGUUGAAUUCCUCACUGUUUCAUGUCCAAAUGGCCAUGUAGCUCACUGGCCAGAGUUCUGAGAACUUUAAUAACUUGGUUGCAAGGAAGUCUCGAGCAGCUCAUUUUAUCUGUGGUUUUAGUUUUUUAUUCUCUAUCUGUAAAUAAAAAAAAAAAAAAUCUGGUAUCAAAGACUCAAGCCUAAUAAGAGCUGCUCCAUAAAGAGGAGUUUAGGGUUAAAUUUUCAGAUAUUGCAAAUGGAGGACAUGCCAUAAACAGGCAUAGGGCUUGCUCAUAGUGAAGUGUGUAUUCCCUUACUUGCCCAAGAUAUUCCUAUUUAAAAGAUUCUUGAAGCAUGCAGGUGCAAAAGCUGCCCAACUACUGUGACCUGUUGAUGUGCUGAGAAGCUUGGCUGGCUGUUUAAGAGCAACAGAGGAUUGCUUGUGCAAGUAUCUUGAGGUCUAAUGUGAAAAGAAUAUAAAAUCUCAGCUAAUCCAAAGAGGUUUACUUUUAGUGCUACAUAUUGAUGUGUUGGUUUCACAGUAAUUAAGUCUCAGAAGCAGCUUAUUCUCCAAGCAUCAGAAAAGUCAGCUUCUUGCCUGGUGUGUGCCCAUCCAGGCACAGCUAAAGCAAGCUCUGACAAAUCAUUGGGAUGUCUGUUGCCUCCUGCGGCCAAGGAGACAUGUGUUCAGCAUCUCAUUUGGGGCUCAGAGCUGAUGAUAGUACAGAAAGUUGUAGGAUUGGAGGGGGAGCUCUGUUUCUCUAAGAGAUUAUCAUAGUGUAUCUUGCCUUCAUUUUGGAGGAAGAUUAUUACUGCAAAAAGUGAUGCAAGAUGUAUACUAAUACUUGUUAACAGCCACUCUUCAAAAACAUGUUCUUGCAUUCCAAAUCUCUCAAGGCUGGUAACAAGGGGAAAAAAUGUAUCUUCUGCAAUUUUGACAAUAUGUUAAGUUUCCUGUUCAAACUCUCGAAAUGCUGAAUCAGUAACUUCAAAAUCUGCCAAUCUUUGAGAUCUUCUGCACUCACACAUUCCUUGUAUGAAAUGUAAAGUUGAGAAAUGACUGCUGCACUAUUG